AACCUCACAGAGGGUGUGACGGCAUUUUACUUCCGCCUUUCACACAAUCACAGAAGUUUUCGGUUUUCCUCUUUUCAGCUGACCAAAUUCUUGCCUAAAAGUCAUGUCGAAGCCAUCUAGGCCCGCUCCUCCUCCACCAAGACUUGCUCCCAAACCAGGUCUAGUAAAGGUGUUCAAAGCCUUGUACCCAUACAGAGCUCAACAGGCCGAUGAGCUGAGUUUUGAGGAGGGAGAUGUGCUGUAUGUCAAUGACAUGUCUGACUCUGGCUGGUGGAAGGCUACAUGUGAGGGGAGGUCGGGGCUUAUUCCCAGUAACUACGUUGAAGAAGGGAUGGAGUCAGUGGAUAACCCCAUGCAUGAGGCUGCAAAAAGAGGAAACAUGACCUUCCUGAAAGAGUGCCUGGCCAACAGGGUGGCAGUGAAUGCCUUGGACAAGGCAGGAUGCACAGCACUACACUGGGCAGCACAUGGCGGGCAUGCAGAAUGUGUACAAGAGUUGCUAAAAGUACCCAGUAUAAGGAUUGACGAGCAGAAUAAGAUAGGGGACACAGCACUUCACAAUGCAGCCUGGAAGGGCCAUGCAGAUGUGGUGGAGCUGCUGUUAAACAGAGGUGCAAGAGCAGAUCUGAGGAACCAAGAUAACAAGUUGGCAAGUGAGCUAGCCACUGAGCCAGAGACUGCUGCUAUCCUGAAGAGAAGAACAGGAGGAUCUGCUGGUGACUACAACAAUGACUAUGGAGAUGAGGAAGACUCAGACUGAUGACAGACCUCCAGUCAUGUGGCCUACAUCAUGGGCAAACAGUACUGUCAAACUGACAAAUACCCAACAGUAGCAUCCAAGUAAAAUGUUCAGCUGUUCUGGACAUCACGCUUAUAAUGGGUGUGGUUAAGAGGAAGGUGAUAAGAUAAGGUUUGAUUCUUGAAAAGACCUUUUGAUGGAUCCCAUGGGAGAUGCAUGGCACUAUGGGAAAUGCAGGUGGGAACAGAUCAUUACCAUGACAACAAAAAGCUUGAGCACUUGAGCACUUGAAAAGCGGCUAUGGCCGAAGUGUAAUCUUUCAAGGCUAAACAAAGGUAAAAAAAAAAACAACCGACUGGCAUACAUGUUGUCAUGGUUGUGAUGUUUGUUAACCAUAGUGUCCUGCAUCUCCCAGCAGAUGAACCUAUGAAAAGGUCCAUGUGCUAACCUAUGUAAUAGUUUGCAAUCAUGGUUGUGCAUUAUUUGAUAGUGUUGUGUCCAUAGCAAUAAUUUGCCAUAACAAUAUAUUGUAUCAUUGCAGUUUCUUGUUGUCCCUUACAUUUUAUAUUUUGGCUUAGUUCCAUAAAGUUUUGUUUAUAUGUAACAUUACAAUUUAUUUACAGAGCUGUUCAGGAAGGCUGUAUGCUUGGUGAUACUUAAGUUUGCAUGAGUAAAUUCAACUAUACUUAGAAUUUGGUGAGAGACCAGAAUUUUUUAGCAGUUGUUCUAGGCCAGAGAUUUUGUAUGUACCACAUAUCAAAAGGUAUAACAUAUCUUGGAUGUAGACGAUACAGUGCACAUCGAUUAUAUAAGAUUUAAACAACAGCAAUAGGAUAGCAAAAAUUUGUUUGAUGAUUGUUUGAGGUUGUCCGAGGAAUGUACCCCAGAUACUAUUUUACAAAUCAAAAUGUACAUCUUUCUUUAUUGCAUCCAUUCCAUUUGAGAUUUUGGGAUUGCCCUCAAGAAAUUAAGUUUUAUACCAUAAUUAUAAGUUAACACACACAUCAUACAGGUUCUAUGAUUAUACCACAAUUAGAUACAUCAGCUUAUCUGCCAUUACUAUUCCUGUCUUUGGUGUUUUUACAUCAACAUGGUUAUAGAAGUUUUGAGAAAUAUAUGCUACAAUGAUGUCA